AGAUUCAAAGUCAUCAGAUCUAAACAGUAAUUAAUCCAUCGAUCCUCUCUUUACUUAUCCUGCCUACGCACGUGUUCCACAUUCAUACAGACAGACCAAUCAAUCUUGCAAAGAUGCCCGUCGCGUUCAGAUACCACCAGCAGGCGCAGUCGACGUUCAAGCCUCCUCUCAUCGCGAACGAGAAUGCCUUCCUGGGGGACGUGGAUUCAUCGGACGAUUACAACCCGGAGAAACCCAUGUCGGCCGGCUUCUAUCGCCUGGAGAAGGGCACGCCGCUGACCUACGAAUACUCCUACGACGAGAUGAAGAUUAUCCUCGAGGGGGAGUACGAAAUCUCCGACGAAACCGGGCAGAAGGUCACGGCUAAGCCCGGCGAUGUCUUCCACUUCCCCAAGGGUGCCAAGAUCACCUUCACCACUCCCUCCUAUGGGCUGGCUUUCUACACGGGUCAACGGGCCAAGGGCGUCUUGUAAAGAAGCUGGGAUAAAAUGAAGAAAAUAGUGAUGAUGAUGUCAUUUCUGAUGCCUUGGCCUUCCUUGCUGGAUCAAAGGACGGGAGGGCUGAAGGAUUUCAGCCUAGACCAAAUGAUGAUAAGAGUGAAAAAAAGAGCGGAAGAGAAGAGGUUGGGUUUUUGUGCCGUCGAUAAAUGGGUCACAUCUCGAUCCAUGGUUCAUCGGAGGGG